UUCUCUUAUCCCUACGGCCCCGCCCCUCCUGGCCGCCCCGAACCUCUGCUCCCCCGCUGCAUCGGUUCCCCAUGUUUCUCCGAGCCCGCCUGGCAACGCGCACUCCGUUUCUCCGCACCCUUCGGCCUGCUCCUCUUGCGGCCAUGAGCACUGGCACUUUCGUUGUGUCGCAGCCGCUCAAUUACCGCGGCGGGGCCCGCGUGAAUCCGGCGGACGCCUCCGGCACCGAGAAGGCGUUCGAGCCGGCAACCGGCCGAGUCAUAGCUACUUUCCCUUGCUCUGGAGAAAAGGAAGUAAAUUUGGCUGUCCAGGAUGCAAAGGCUGCCUUUAAAAUAUGGAGUCAGAAAUCUGGCAUGGAGCGCUGUCGAAUUCUUUUGGAGGCUGCCAGGAUCAUAAGGGAACGGAAGGAUGAAAUCGCCACCACGGAGACCAUCAACAAUGGCAAGUCCAUCUUCGAGGCCCGCUGGGACAUUGACACUUCGUGGCAGUGCCUGGAGUACUACGCGGGCUUGGCUGGGUCCAUGGCAGGCGAACACAUCCAGCUCCCAGGCGGCUCCUUCGGUUACACCAGAAGAGAAGCGCUCGGGGUAUGCGUGGGGAUAGGCGCGUGGAACUACCCCUUCCAGAUCGCCUGUUGGAAGUCGGCCCCAGCGUUAGCGUGUGGUAACGCCAUGGUCUUUAAGCCAUCUCCCUUCACGCCGGUGUCCGUGCUGCUGCUGGCUGAGAUCUACACGGAGGCCGGCGUGCCCCCUGGGCUCUUCAAUGUGGUGCAAGGAGGGGCUGCCACGGGCCAGUUUCUGUGUCAGCAUCCUGACGUGGCCAAAGUCUCCUUCACUGGGAGUGUGCCCACUGGCUCGAAGAUCAUGGAGAUGUCAGCUAAAGGAAUCAAACCCGUUACCUUGGAACUGGGAGGCAAAUCUCCCCUGGUCAUCUUCUCCGACUGUGAUAUGGAGAAUGCUGUGAAGGGGGCGCUGAUGGCCAACUUCCUCACGCAAGGCGAGGUUUGUUGUAAUGGCACAAGAGUGUUUGUGCAAAAGGAAAUUCUUGAUGAAUUUACAAGGGAAGUGGUGAAACGGACCCAAAAGAUAAAAAUCGGAGAUCCCCUUCUGGAAGAUACAAGGAUGGGUCCCCUCAUCAACCGCCCGCACCUGGAGCGAGUCCUUGGGUUUGUUAAGCUGGCGAAGGAGCAGGGUGCUAAAGUGCUGUGUGGUGGAGACGUAUAUGUACCCGAAGAUCCCAGAUUGCAGGAUGGAUAUUACAUGAGACCUUGUGUAUUGACUAAUUGCAGAGACGACAUGACCUGCGUGAAAGAAGAGAUCUUUGGGCCAGUUAUGUCCAUUUUACCAUUUGACACUGAAGCGGAGGUUCUGGAAAGAGCCAAUGAUACCACUUUUGGCUUAGCGGCUGGUGUUUUUACCAGGGACAUCCAGCGCGCGCACAGAGUGGUGGCCGCGCUGCAGGCCGGGAUGUGUUUCAUCAACAACUACAACGUCAGCCCGGUGGAGCUGCCCUUCGGCGGGUAUAAGAAGUCAGGGUUCGGCAGAGAGAAUGGCCGCGUGACGAUCGAGUACUAUUCACAGCUGAAAACUGUGUGUGUGGAGAUGGGGGAUGUGGAAUCUGCUUUUUGAGAAUGUGCGGCAUGGCCAGGUGUGGAGCGAGGACUGCGUCGCGGGGGAGGCUGUGCAGCGGCCGUCCUUUCCAAUCCCGGAACUGUGUCUUUAAGGAUAAGAGAAAGGCUCAGUGUUCUUCAUGUCUCAGUCCCCUUCCUCAUUGAAAAUGUGCCCAAGUGCCUUUUAGCUACUAAUCAAGAAAGUUGUGAUUGCGCUCUAAGCAGACGUCUGUGAAAUCUGUAAUACCCUUCUGGAGAACAGGGAGCGGGACCGGGAUUUUGCUUCUUCCACAGGUCUGACCCGCUGACAAUGCCCAGUCUCUGGCCUGCUUCAAAGAACUGGUUCCUGGUUAGGUUCCUGGUGGGAUCGGUAGAGACGUUUUUCUGCUCAUGGACAUUUUUAAGCUCUGAGCCCUUGUCAUUCCAUUGAGAAAGCCGACGGUCGGGAUCGAGAUGACAGGGUCACAUUCUGCGUGAUGGUUACCUUGCCAGAGGAGGCCUUUUGUUUCCCCUCGGCGCUGGUGGAGAAGAUGGGUCUCCAGCCCUUGCACGACAGACAGCCUGCUCGCUUUUUAAAUACACAGACCAGCCAUAUGCUACGGCAGCACACCGAAAUGAAAUAAAUCACACUGUUAACCCUUUCA